CGCCUCCCUCUUUGAACCGUUUUCUCCCCCUUCUCGAUCCCUUUCACCCUCUCUCGCUCUCCUCGAUUGACCCCAUCAAACCCUAAUUCCUCUUCCUCUUCCUCUUCGUCUUCUUGCUCUCGCUCUAUAUAUAUAUAUAUAUAUAUAUAUAUCACCAUCAUAGGGCGAAGAGAUAGAGAGAGAGGAGAGGAGAGGAGAGGAGAGGGAGAGAGGGGGAUCCAUGGCGAAGCUCUACGUGGAGGCGGUGCCCCCAGCGGAUAUGAACAAGAACACGGAGUGGUUCAUGUACCCGGGGGUGUGGACCACCUACAUCCUCAUCCUCUUUUUCUCGUGGCUUCUCGUCCUCUCCGUCCUCGGGUGCUCCCCGGGAAUGGCGUGGACCAUCGUUAACCUCUUCCACUUCGCCAUCACUUACCACUUCUUCCAUUGGAAGAAGGGAACUCCCUUUGCUGACGACCAGGGAAUGUACAACACUUUGACUUGGUGGGAGCAAAUGGACAAUGGCAAACAGCUGACUCGGAAUAGGAAGUUUUUGGUUGUAGUACCCGUGGUUCUGUACUUGAUAGCGUCACACACAACAGACUACCAACAUCCAAUGCUUUUCCUCAACACUCUUGCAGUGAUGGUGCUGGUUGUUGCUAAAUUGCCUAACAUGCACAAGGUCCGCAUCUUUGGAAUAAAUGCAGGUAAUUAAGUGGCAACAUAAACUCACGAAAGGGUUUCUCUUUAGGUCUUUUUGUCCGGUUAAAUUUAUUGGAUGCUUAUAACUUACUAAAUGGGCUCUGCUUAAGUAUCAAUCAUCAACCAGUUCCGGCAAGUCAUGGUAGGAGGUUUGUAAUCGUUGUAUAGAAAAACUUUAGAAACUGAUGUUUUUCAGCUGCUGGCAAUCUGUAACUUUCAUGCUGUUAUCUGUUUUUUUUUUUCUUUUUUUAAACAAUGGUGCAAGAAUCUGUUUGGUGCCACUAUGUACAGUUUACCCUUGUUAUGAAUAAAUGCUCCAUUGCUAUAAAUUUUGAGUUGAUAGGACUA